AUCCUGCUGCUACCUAAUGGAAUGGAGCCUUAGGGUGCCCUACACUACCUGACCUUGGCUAGACUCACAGCUUCCUCCUGGAACUGAAGCAAAGGAUUGCCAGGCAUCCUCUUUCUUUGAACUUCAAUAGGCAACAAAGGAACCAGGUCCAUCCUCCGGGACCAUGGUUGGGCUUCAGCCGUCAGAAGUACCUCCCACAACAGCUGUGAAGUUCCUGGGGGCUGGCACUGCCGCCUGCUUUGCUGACCUCCUCACCUUCCCCCUGGACACUGCCAAGGUCCGCCUGCAGAUCCAAGGGGAGAACCCAGGGGUGCAGAGCGUGCAGUACCGCGGCGUGCUGGGUACCAUCCUGACUAUGGUGCGCACGGAGGGUCUCCGCAGCCCCUACAGCGGGCUGGUCGCCGGCCUGCACCGCCAGAUGAGCUUUGCCUCCAUUCGAAUUGGCCUCUACGACUCUGUCAAGCAGUUCUACACCCCCAAGGGAGCGGACCACUCUAGCGUCGCCAUCAGGAUUCUGGCAGGCUGCACCACGGGAGCCAUGGCAGUGACCUGCGCCCAGCCCACCGAUGUGGUGAAGGUCCGAUUUCAAGCCAUGAUACGCCUGGGGACUGGAGGCGAGAGGAAAUACAGAGGGACUAUGGAUGCCUACAGAACCAUCGCCAGGGAGGAAGGGGUCAGGGGCCUGUGGAAAGGGACUUGGCCCAACAUCACAAGAAAUGCCAUUGUCAACUGUGCCGAGAUGGUGACCUAUGACAUCAUCAAGGAGAAGCUGCUGGACUCUCACCUGUUCACUGACAACUUCCCCUGUCACUUUGUCUCUGCCUUUGGAGCUGGCUUCUGUGCCACAGUGGUGGCCUCCCCAGUGGAUGUGGUAAAGACCCGAUACAUGAAUGCUCCCCCAGGCAGGUACCGCAGCCCUCUACACUGUAUGCUGAAGAUGGUGGCCCAGGAGGGCCCCACAGCCUUCUACAAAGGAUUCAUGCCCUCCUUUCUGCGGCUGGGAGCCUGGAACGUGAUGAUGUUUGUAACCUACGAGCAGCUGAAGCGGGCCUUAAUGAAAGUCCAGGUACUGCGGGAAUCUCCAUUUUGAACAAGGC